AUGCCCAGUGCGCCCGAGUUGAAUAAGGUCUGCAAAGGCGCACGCACCCUCGAUGCUUCGGAUAAUCGGCAGGCAAACCAAACCGCCAAGGCCAUCGAGGCUGAAGCCGUGAAUCGUGAGCAGACGAUCACGGGCCUGCGACCCACUUCCAGCGAGCCCUGA